CAUUGUUAACGAUUGAUGGCGUACAGAUUUACAGAAACAGAAUAUAGCUGUCAGCUGGCUACUGCUAACCUUAAUUUGUUUAUUUACAUAAAAAUUGCAAAUCAGGAAACUUUCUCCAACGUAGUCAGGCAACCUAUACAGCAAACUAAGAUGCCUGCUGCUGUAACCGAAAAGCCUGACCGCUCGGAGCAGAUGUGGAAAGCGCUAAAAGCCCAUAUUCAACGCGAAAGAGCUCGCAAAAAACAAGAACGUGAGGCUGAAGUCGAAGAGGAACGAUUACGCAAGGAACGAGAAGCUCGUGAACAACAGGAUGUGAUGACUUUAGGUGAAACGCGAGAACAAAUUCAACAGCUUGAAGGCAAAUUGCAGCAAUUAAAGGAGGAGAAACAUCAGUUAUUCUUACAAUUGAAGAAAGUCUUGAACGAGGAUGAUAACCGUAGAAGACAGCUUGUAAAGGAAUCAAACGACAUGCUGACAAUUCAAGCAAUCCCAUCAACUGGUUUGGUGCAUCAGCAGCUGUUUAUCCCUCAAACGGUACCACGCGUUGCAGCAGUUCCGCAACAGAGCUUUAAAGCUGUCAACAAACGUCCUCGAAGUCCAAGUCCACAACCACCACCAGCACCUCCAACCACAAUAUACCAUCAAGCAUAUGCGUACAAACCGCCAACAGUUGCAAGCACGCCUUACCAAGGUUCUCCACAGAAGACGCCACAAUAUGCGAGCCAACCAGGGACGUACUACCCACCUCAAGAGCUCUCGAUCUAUUAUCCACAAGGACCGAUUCCUUCACGUGAGCCUACGCGCGCCGUGUACGAAAAUACAAGGCCGCAAACCUACCACAUUGAGCAAAAACCAUUAGAGAGCUAUACAUUACGACCUCCAUCCUCGCAUGCGCAUGUGAUUCACGCGACGCCGAUGUCUCUCAAUCCAACUCAGGCGCCCACCAAGCCUCCAACGAUUGCGGCCGCCUACCCUGUGCGAAUGCAAACGCAAUAUCAGCAGACGCCUGCGCCCGCUUCUGCGUUAUAUACCACUCAAAGUAGGCCUUUAUAUCAACCUCCGAGUGGGCCAAUGAAUUAUCCCCCUAGAGAGUGAAUUGUUGGUAGAAUUCCAUUUUUAGCAAAUAGUAUUCAUUUAUUCUUCUGGAUUGUGUGGUGCCCUAGUUUUCUGGCGCUUAAAUCGCUGGUAACUCCUAAUUUCAUGUGGUGGGAACGAGAGAUGUGAAUGGAUAUUUAGAAAUUAUUAACCGCUGUGUUUUUAAACAUUUCAUUUGCCUUUUGUAUAUGCAUAACAUUAAUUAUAAUAUUUUUUCAAAAUA